AUGGCAGCAGUGCCGCGGUGCCCGGACAUUCCUGAGUUCCAGGUUGCCGUGCGCUACGAUGCCGAUCCGAACUUUACUUGGCAUCAUCGCAUCUUAUUGCGUCGUGUGCGAGAUGCGGUCUGGAUCGCUCUUACUCCCGACCUGGACCUCGAGAGGAUCAACUUGGAUGAGCGGCGGCAUCGGGUGCUCGAGCGAGGACAAGCCUUUCCAGAGGCUAUCGCUGGCGACCUCUAUGCCUUCGACCCGAUCGGGCGGGAGGCGGUCGCCGGGCACAAGAGGCGCGCCCGUUUGCAGGCAGCCGUGCUGGGCGGCGACGAGGACGAGGCCAUGGACGCCGAGGAGUGGGUCUACGCAGACCUCGACGACCCGUCGUUCGGGACGCUCGUCGCCGCAGACGUCCUCGAGGGGGACGAGUUCGUGGAGCUGGGCAACCGCGGCCUGGUGCGACGUGAGGGCGCGGCUCGCGGAGUCGAGAAGGUCUGCCGCGCCCGAUUGGCGAAGUGGUCCGAGCAGCGUCGUGUCGGGGCUGAGGACAUCAGGAGCUUGGGCAUCCACACGGCGGCGGACGGCACGCGGCACCUCGGGUGGACGGAUGCCGUCGGCAUGCUGCGGGAAAGUGACAUGCCCGAGUGGAGGUUCGAGGGACCGCGAGUGUGCAAGGAGCUCGCGGCCUCGAUCCGAGAAGGUGCAGGGAAUCCGACGUCCUAUCACGCAGAGUGGAUCAGGCUGUCGGGCGUCAACCAGAACAGCGCCAUCGCCUAUGAGCACAAGAAUGCCAUGGAAAUGUUGCGCGUGGCCACCAGCGUCGACCAGGUGGACAUCAGCAACCUGGCCUCGUUCGAACUCCUCGCGAGGCGGGUCGUCAUGCUGGAGAUGGCCGUGGCGCGCGACCCCCGGGAUCCAGACUUCAGCGGGCUCGGGGUCAUCGCUGACGGCGCUGUGGGGACUGACGGCGCCGCGCGGGCGCCGAGGUUCCGCGCCUGGGUGUCCGACCGACAGAAGGAGAGAGCGAACAUCCUCCAGCAGUCGAGGGUGUACAAGGAGGAGACCAGGAACGAGCGGGAGAGGCGGCGCGGCCCCAAGGGGCCAAAGGGCAUGGCCAAGGGAGUGGUGGAACCCAAGGAUGCGAGAGCGCUGCUGCCACCACAGGCAGCGCAGAGGCUCCGACGCUACAAGACGUGCAUCGAGCUGUCCGCCGAGGAGAUCGAGGCCAAGUUCGCCUCCGAGCCCUCGCCCAAGCCCUACUGGGACCCCGUGCUGCGGCGCAACAAGCGAGCCCUGCACGAGUUGUUCGAGCGCCUCCUUUCUUCGGGCAUCCUGGUGCCCAGGAGGCGCCUCAAGGGCCGCAUCGGACUCUUCUUCGUCAAGAAGAAGGAGGGGGCCAUUCGCCUCAUCGUGGACGCUCGCUACCCUAAUGCCUGCCACAAGCCGCCGCCCACCACGCAGCUUGGCACCGCGCAGUCAUUCGCGGAGCUCAACCUUGCCGAGUUCGCGGACGUGGCGGCGGAGAUGGCUUCUCAUUGUGUUCUGCCUGGUGCAGGCGGCGUCCCAGCCCUGGACUUCCACCAGAGCGGCGCCGACGUGCGCGACGGCUUCUACCAGUUCAGCAUCGUCGAGGUGGCCGACUGGUUCGGGAUCGACGAGUCGUUCGGCAAGGGGAGUUUUGGCAUCACCAAGGUGUUCGACCCCGAGCUGGGCGUGGACGUGGAGCUGGCUAAGCACGAGUCCUUCUACCUAUGCAUGGGGGCCAUGCCCAUGGGAUGGUCGUGGGCCCUCUACUUCUGCAGCGAGGCGGUGGCUUCCCGCGCGGCAGCCGUGGCUGCCGAGGGCUGGGGCAGCCUGCUCCGAGAGCGGGCUCCGGCCCCUCGCCUGGUCCCCGGCCGACCCGUCCACGCCGUCUACGUGGGCAACCACACGGGGCUGGGGCAUGGCGCGGCGGACGCGGAGCAGGCGCACCAGGACUUCCGUGCGCAGCGUGCCGCCUUCGGCCUCGACCUCCACGACGAGGUCCCCUGCAGCCCCUACCUCGAGGCGCUCGGGCUGCAGUUCGACGGGCCGGGUCGCCGCCUACGGCAUCGGUCUGCCCGCCUCUGGCGCUUCAAGCUGGCGACUGUGGCACUGCUGCGCCGCCGCGUGGUGGCAGGGUGGCAGCUCGAGAUCUGGCUGGGCCACGCCGCUCACAUGUGUGGGCUCGGCCGGCCGCUGCUGUCGAUCCUCUCGCAGAGCUACGCCUACGUCGCGGCCCGCAAGGAGAGGUCGGGCCGCCCGUGGCGAGGUGUGCGGCGGGAGCUGUGGCUCAUGUCCAACCUGGUCUUCACCUGCGAGGUCGAGCUGGACGCCCCGUUCAACUCGUCGGUCUACCUCGGCGACUCGUCGGAUUACGGCUACGCCCUCAUGGAGACGAGGGGCACAGGCGACGAGCUGCUGGAGGACUUCAAGUGGAGAGAGCGCUGGAGGUUCAAGGCCGCGCCGCCGCUGCCUCCGCCACCGCGCCCGACCCUGGGGGCACUGGGCGCAGCGUUCGGGGUCUGCUUCGACGGCGACGACCCCGAGCAGGUGGAGGCGUUCGGCGAGCCGCACGUCGUGGGCAGGACCGCCUGGGAGCCGCUGGGGGCCCGGACCCGCCUGGCGCAGUGGGCCACCGAGGCGGCCCGCACUGCCGAGGCGGGGGCCCGCCCCGGGCGACGCGGACGGCGGCGCACGGCCCGAGGGGCUGCGCCGCGCGAGGAGGUGGAAGGCUUCGAGGCCAUCCCCGUGGUCGGCGCCUGCUGGGACAAUAAGCGGCGCUGGCACACGCUGGUGGAAGGCUUCUGGCACUGGAGGCAGGAACGCAUCAACGUCAAGGAGGCUAGGGUCUGUCUCAUGGGUCUCCGCCGUAGCUUGCGGACCAGACGGGGCUGCCACCGCCGGCUGCUCACCCUGUCGGACAACCUCGCGUCCGCCGUGGUGUUCGACCGCGGCCGCUCGUCGAGCUGGGCGCUCAACGCGCUGUGCCGACGCGCUGCGGCAUACCAGAUUGCCGGCUGCGUGGCUUGGCGGGUUCGCCACAUCCGCACGGACAGGAACCACGCGGACGAGGGCUCCCGUCGCCCCCGCGUCCCUCGAGUGCUGGUGCCCACGAGACUCGAAGGCGGAGCGCCCGUGGCCCCUCGGCGGACGGGAGGCCGCCGCCUGGGCGCGCCCCGACAUCAUGGCGCGCCCCGGGCAGCCCAGGCCGCGCUCGAGCUCUUUGCGGGCACGGGCCGGCUCAGCGCCUCCCUCAAGCGCCAGGGGCUGCGGGUUCUGCCGGGCGCCGAGAUCAAGCGCUCCGCCCGAUAUGAUCUGUCACGUCGAUCGACGCAGCGUGCUGUGCUGCGCUGGAUUCGGAGCGGGAAGGUCUGGUACGUACACUUGGGGACAGCAUGCUCCGCCUGGUCAGUUGCCCGCUCCACGCCUUAUAACACUGAGCGGGCGCAGCGGUUGGAAGCCGUUUCUGUCGACAUGGCGCUCUUCACAGCUGAGGCCUUCGGCGACUCCGAGCCGCUCGCCUCUGAGCGGGACACGGAGCUGGAGGCGCUGGUGCCGCGGGUGCAUGGGGCUGCAGCGAAACUCGGCGAGGCUCACGGCGGGGCUGACGCCGAGAGCCGCGGGCAGCACUUCCUCGCGCGCCACGCGGCCCUGAGGCCGCCGCAGCGGCAGCAGGGCCGUGCGGCUGUCGGCGAGGAGAAGGAGCGGCUGGCGGCGGCGCGCAGGGCGCGGGUCCCGCCAGCGGCGCGUGACAAUUUCCCGCGGCUCGGGACCAUCCGUGACUCCACGAAGCGGCUCUACUCAGACGCGCUCGGCAAGUUCAGGGGCUGGGCGAAGUCGAAGCACUACGACCUGGGUAGCUUCAGCUCCACGGACUCGGCGAUGGAGCACUACUUCACCGACCUGUACUUCGAGGGGUCUGGUCCCGCAGAAGGCCGCAACGUUCUCUACGGCUACAUUCACUUCGAGACGCACCUGGAUCGGAACAAAGCCAACCUCUUCCCGAAGGCGUCGAGGGCGCUUCGUGGAUGGACCACUCGGGCUCCUCAACGAGUCCGCGACCCCAUCCCCUUCGGCGUCGUCUGCCUGAUCGGCCUGUACUUCCUGGGCACGGGCCUGGUCGGUGCCGCGGUGUGCCUGGUCCUGCAGUUCGACUGCUACCUGAGGCCGGACGAAGCCGUGUCGCUGCUCCUGUCCUCAGUGCUGCCGCCUGCGCCCCGGGCUGGCCGGCGCUACGCGCGGGCCUGGGCGCUGCUUCUGGGUGAGGCCGAGCACGCAGCGCCCACCAAGACAGGGGUGGUGGACGGGACAGUGGUGAUCGGUGAGCUGCAGCGGUCCUGGGUUGCGGAGGCGGUUGGCCUCUGGUGCCGUGCAGGCGGCGCGGCUCCCUACAUGUUCGACAUGACUCUCUCCAAGUAUGAGGCCCUGUUUCGCCGGGCCGCGUUCGACCUGGGCCUCACCGAUCUGGACAUCUCGCCUCACGGAGUUCGGCAUGCCGGAGCUUCGCAUGACAUGUAUAUGGGCCUGGCGACGCUCGACCAGAUCCAGAAGCGCGGCCAGUGGGCCCAUGCUCAAAGUGUGGUGAGGUAUUCGAAGCACGGCAAAAUCCUUCGGCAAGUACACAAGAUGACGCCUGAGCAGCAGGGAAAAGCUUCGGUUGCGGAGAGAGAGUUUCCGGUCAAACUCCUUCGGGCUCUUCGGAAAUGCUGA